CGCUUCGUAAAUACAAUCCUCUGUGAUUUGUUGAGCGCGGUCGCAAAGUAGAUAGGACUCGCGGAUCAAGGUGCCGGCAGUAGAAAAACCUUGCACCUCCUACUCUCGUGGCUCCGAAAAUGGAUAUCCUCAAGGUCUUGUCGCGAGGGACCAAGCAGGCGCCAAAAAAGCCAGGCGUCCCUGCAGCAACACUGGCCCAAGCCAACAUUCCCUCGGCCGGCGUCGAAACGAACCCACAGCUGUACCACGACAAUGUCGGCCCGCCGCCCAAGGGCAAGAAACGGAAGCGAAAGUCGAGGACGCAGGACCAUGACCAAGCGGAUGACGCCGUAGACGAUGAUGUCGAGCUGAGCGACUUUGACUUUUUCGCACCGAAAACGCGGAGGGAUUCGGACGGUGCAGGCUCUAAGACCAAGGCGGCGGAUGUGAAAAAGGCAAAGAAGGACGCGGACGAAGCCGACAAGGCGCGCCCGAUCGAGCUGGAUGAGUGCAAGAGGAUCUUGCGCUCUCACCGUCUCAAGUACACGCUGCUCCCUGUGCAAAAAGCAGCACCGGCAAAGGUCGAAAAGAGCAGCGCGAAAAAGAAGAAGAAGAAGGACAAGGGGGACAAGGUCGACGGUGCUGCGCAGGCCGCGCAAGGCAAGAGCGACAAGCUGCCGGUGUUUCCACAGCCUCUGGUGUCUUUCAGUCAGUUGCGGAGCGCAUAUCGGAUAUCCCCCAGGCUGGCCGACAACCUGGCAAAGGGUAGCUACAAGGUCCCGACCGAGGUGCAGCUGGGUGCCUUACCGCUGCUUCUGCAGCCAGGGUUUGCGCUCUCCCAUGAAGGCGACGGUGUAGACGAUGAUGGCAAAGGUGGGGAUGGGGAGGCAUUGGCUAUGCUGCAGGGGGCUUCAGCGGGUGUCGACUUCUUGGCCAUUGCGCCUACUGGCAGCGGGAAAACGUUAAGCUUUCUGCUCCCGGCGAUCAACGGAGUGCUCAAGCGAAGGGCAGAAAAGGGGGAGACGGGAGGUGACAGCUCAAACGAUACAAAACAUGCGCUCGAGGCUAUCGUGGUAGCCCCAACGAGGGAGCUUGCUAGUCAAAUCGCGAACGAGGGCCGCAAGCUUGCGAUGGGGACGGGAGUCAGGGUUGUUCUCAUGCGCAAGGGUAUGAGGGUUGCUGCUGAGGAGGACAGCACCGAGAAGAAGAGUGAAGAUCAGGAGGAAGAUGUUUUUGAGAGCGAAGAUGAAGACUCGUUGUCAGAAGAUGACGAAGAGAGAGAAAAGUCCGAAAAGCCAUCAAAGAAACCCAACAAGGCACCAAUCACCAAGGCCGACAUACUGGUCACAACUCCAAUGCUUCUCCUGAACUUUCUUUCCAAGGGAACAUCAACAACGAAGAAAAGACUACCCAGAGUCCGAUCGCUGAUACUAGACGAGGCCGACGUUCUCUUGGAUCAGCUGUUCAGAGAGCAGACGAUGGGCAUAUGGUCAGCUUGCCGUAACCCGAACCUGCGCGUCUCGUUCUGGUCCGCAACCAUGGCGUCCAACAUCGAGACACAUAUCCUAGACAACCUCCGGGCCCAAGCUGACGACGCCCCAGCCCCUCCAUUGAUCAGGCUGGUCGUCGGCCUCAAGGACACUGCCGUUCCCAACAUAUCCCACCGUCUGGUCUACACGGCCACAGAGUCCGGCAAGCUCCUCGCUCUCCGCCAGCUGCUCCACCCAGCAUCCUUCUCCACCACCACCUCGUCAACCACCACACCCGAGGACGAGACGCCUCUCCGACCCCCCUUCUUAGUAUUUGUGCAGACCAUCGAGCGAGCCACAGCGCUGCACGAGGAGCUCAAGUACGACAUACCCGCCGCGGCAGGCGGCGCCUCGCGCGUCGCCGUCUUGCACUCGUCCAUGCCCGAGUCAGCCCGCGCCGCCGUCAUCCGCCGCUUCCGUGCCGCCGACGUCUGGGUCCUCAUCACUACCGACGUUCUCGCCCGCGGCGUCGACUUUGCCGGCGUCAACGGCGUCGUCAACUAUGACGUCCCCGGCUCCGCCGCCGCUUACGUCCACCGGGCGGGCCGCACCGGUCGCGCGGGCCGCAAGGGCGGCAUCGCUGUCACGUUCUACACCAAGGAGGACAUUCCCUUCGUCAAGAACGUCGCCAACGUCAUCGCGCUCAGCGAGCGGCAGGCCGGAGCCGGCGAAUCGGCCACCCAGAAGUGGCUACUGGACGCGCUGCCUGACGUCUCAAAGAAGGACAAGAAGGAGUUGCGCGAAAAGGGCGUCGAGUCACGCCGUAGUGUGGCCGCCUCCAAGGGCAAGGCUCGCAUCACCUCCAAGAGCGCCUGGGAGAGGCGCAAGGAGAACAACCGGAAGGGUGCCAUCGAGGGCAGCAAGAGGAGGAAAAUUGCCGCGAGGGAUCAGGGUGAUGGCAGUGAUGAUGGCGGGGAGUGGGGUGGGAUCGAUGAUUGAGUUUUCUUGUCCAGACACCCUUGAGAUGCAGCAUUUUCUGUGGGUUGCAAGCAUUCUAAAAGCAAAGCGAGAAUUUUCAUGCUAUAUUUCACCAAAACAAAAUCAUAGCCAAAGACGCAUCUCAUUUCAGGUGUCAAACAUGAUUCGUCAUUCUUGGGUCUUCAUCUAUUUGUUCUUUUGAGGCCGUCGAAACAGCGACGAUGGGUAUCUCUUUUCUAUGUUUAUGGAGUGCCGUCAGGACCGUCAAAUCCGAAAACAACAGGUGAGCUGCACAAAAUACAAGGGAUGCUUAAUUUCGGUAGGAUAAUGAGAUGAUAUAGGUAGUGUCUGUUAUAGGAUCGGUAAAGGCAUGACGGGAUGUGCAUUAGUUUCACGAGAUUUCAUGUGCAGUGGCAACCAC